GCCGCGAGCCCUAUCCGCCCGUGUCUCCGCCCCCUAAAGCCGCCAUCUCCAUGGUGACCGAUGCCCGGUCACCCCUUUGGCCUCAUGCCCGGAGUUUCAUCAUUGUCUGCGCCGGAAGCGAGCCUCCGUAGGCCGGAAGCGGGCCUCCCCGCGCCGGUGAUCUGUAAAGACGCCCGUCUGGGCGGGCGCAAACGACGUUGGCCCAGGGCCCCGGCCUGGGUCGGACGGCGAAACUGACGGACCUGUGCCGGUCCCAGUGACGAUGGCGGUAUUUCACGACGAGGUGGAGAUCGAGGACUUCCAAUACGACGAGGACUCGGAGACCUACUUCUACCCCUGCCCGUGUGGGGAUAACUUCUGCAUCACCAAGGAAGAUUUGGAGAACGGGGAAGACGUGGCAACGUGCCCUAGCUGCUCUCUCAUUAUAAAAGUGAUUUAUGACAAGGAUCAGUUCACGUGUGGAGAGACAGUCCCAGCCCCUUCCACCAGCAAAGAACUAGUUAAAUGCUGAAGAAGACUUUUAGGUUCUAAAACCUGAACUUGGGGAACAAGGCAAGCUGGAAAAGUCUAACGCAGAGUCACUGGCUUCUUCACGGGGACAAUCAUUUUGUGGUUUGCUGUUCAUGAGAGUCGAUUCUUUCCAUCGGGCACCAAGUUUAUCUCCGGUUGAAUAAGCAAGUCCACCACAUGACAUACCUGGAUUUUGUGCUUAAACUUUGAACUGGAAGUGUUUCCAUCCAAACAUAAAAGAAGAUAAUUUGAAAUCAGUGCUUUUUUCCCUCGGUUUUAUUUUUAUAUCUUUAUGACUUCGUUAUCUGACCACAGCAUCAUCUACCUCAAAGCAUUAGGUUUCUUUAACUUAAAGAUUUUUAUUUUGGUCGCUUAUGAAGAUUUUUAAAAUCAGCCCUUUGCAGUUUAACCUCAGCUUUGCUGCUGUAAACUAAAGGAAGUCAGUUGCCUCUGAUCCAUUGGGACUGCACCUUCUACUCCCUCACCGCGCUGACCUUCAUCAGGGAUCUGUGUUCUGUUAAAUAUGCCAUUUCAUUAUGCUUCAUAUACUGGGUCCUGGUCGUGGUGCAAAGAAAAAAUAUGCUGAGCUCACAAAGUUAGUGAGUUAACAAGAAAAGUCAAAAAACAAAAUGGUCAAAGAACAUGGACUUUGCUUAUCAAUAUUCUGUGUUUUCCUUGAAAAUCAGGACAUGAUGAAAAAUAGCCAAAGGAAGUGAAUCUGGUAACAGAAUGAGAGGAGUAAAUUAUGCCUACUUAGUUAUUUAAUUAAAUGCUUGAGUGGUUUUGUGAGAUAAGUGCAACUAAUAUUUCUGUAUCUGUGUUUUUGGGUGUGUAUUUGUUUUUCAAUAAGGCUAAUGAAAUUUCACUCUAGAUGGGGGUUAACGUCAAGUCUUCAUGGUUGGUGGCUGAGCUUUCCCCACUACACACCUUUGUGUGUACAUAAAAUUAACUGAUGUCUGGUGGGUUGUUGUGGAAUUGGCUCCUGCAAUUAAUGAGAAAAAUAGCUUGCCAGAAUGUGAGCAUUUUAUCACUAAUAAAUGUGCUGUACACUCACUGGGGGUUUAGAUUAAAACAGGCCAGUGACCUUUUUUCUCCUGCCAAUAGCGUGGCUAUGAGAAGCCAUUAGACUGAGAAGUAAAUCGCCAAAAAUUGCAUGCCAGAACUGCUUGGUAGGUUAUAUAAAGUGUACAGCGUGUUCUUGAUGUGUUGAGAAAUCACUGUCAGGGACACUGACACCCCAGAAGUCAUCCACAGUUGCUUUGAAACCAGUGAUGGCUCAAGUGAACAGAGCAGGGUGUGUGCUAACUGUUGGGGCUGAAUUGCAAAGAGAAAAAGACUGUCUCACACUCAGAUCUGAUGGUUUUGUAGAUACUGAUAACCGAUGAUGAAUUUCAAAUAAGAACAGACAUCUUUAAUGUUACUUCUGCUGUGAGCAUAAGAGCAGGAAGAAAAGGUGCCCAAAUCCAAAUGUCCCAGGUGACAAGCCAAUGGCACUGAUGACCAGUGAUAUUCAAGAAUGUGAUCACAGGCAUGAUUUCAUUCCCAAAAGCAACUGAGUCACUACAUCUGUUAACCACAAAGAACACAUCAGGAUUUAAUCCUAUGUUAAGCAGAAAGUAAAACCAGGGUCUUGCAGAUAUGACUAGAGUUCUGUGGUGUCCCUUGCUUAGCUUCACAGACAUUUCGGAGCCCCUCUGAGGACUGAUUUGUAAUCCAGGCUCUGUCACCUGCUAGCUUUGUAAUCUUUGGCAAGACAAGUGGGUUCCUCAUCUGUUAAAAUCAGGAGACUGAAUCGGGAUUUCUAAAUUCAGUACUAUAAUUUCAGGCUUCGUCAUUUGCAGGUGCUGGAAUGGUCAUCGAAACCUUUCUAAACACUAAAGAUGACUUACAGAGAAGGACACUCCAUUCUUCAGUAACUCCACAUCAGAGGAUUCUGCAUAUACUUGAGUGUACACAUUCAGAAACCCUUUUCUUGGAAAGCACCCAACAUUUUUGAUAACUGUACAUACUAAUUUAUUAAUAGUUUAAACUGUACUAGCAUGCCAAAUAAAGUCAGAUUAUUCACAUCCA